GACAUGAGCUCCAGAAUGCACUCCGACAGUUCGGCAAAUUCUUCAAUGGCUAGUUUUCAUCAGCCCGCCAGCUAUCAUUCACCAGCCUAUUCAGGUCGAAGGAGCCGUUAUCAGGGCCGCGUGUGACGCGCGACGACUUCUUUUUUUUUACCAGGAAGAUUAUGAAGCUGAUGAGUCGCAAACUAAGUCGUGCACGCUGUCGUGAAGCAAUCUGAAUCGUUAAGGCUGCUGUGAAGCAAUCGAAGCCGUUCAGGCUAUCGUGAAGCAAUCUAAGCCGUUCAGGUUGUCGUGAAGCAAUCUUAGCCGAUCGUAGCUCAACGGACUACCGACCAUGGACGACAACGACAGGCGGUUCGGCGUGAAGGCGGGGAAGCGGCCGGUGUCCGAAUCCACGCGGAUCACUGUCUCCUCCAGGCUUGAAGAAUUCCGAAACGGGACCGAACCAGAGAUGACAUUUGAUGCGGAUCUGAGCAACCAUGACAGAGCCGUGGUGCAUCAGCUGUGUAGGAAGAUGGGCUUCGUCUCCAAAAGCCAUGGCAAAGGACCUGACCGUCGCUUGACAGUCUACCGAACCUCCAGCCGAGCCAAGUCCCCCGGGGCGCCAGGUUCGGAGGCAGCGGAUUCGCUCCCUCCCCUGACACUCUCUCCUGAUUCCGAAGCUGCUGUGCUGGCGUUGCUGCUGACUCACCCGCCUACUGAGCUGGAGAUGACGUCAGCCUUGCAGGCAGGGGGGUUUCUUGCGGAUGCUGCUGCGGGCAAGGGGAGGGCGCAAGGAAAAGGGGGGGCUGAUGGGGGGUUAGGGGGAGCUGGUGGGGGGACAGGGGGAGAUGAUAAGGGGGAAGAUGAGGAGGGAGUGACUGGGGCUAUGGCGCGGCUAGGGGUAGAGGAGGGCGGAAAGGAGGCGGAUAAGGGGGAAAAUGAGGGGAAGGCACAGGGGAAGCAGCAGGGGAAGGAGGUGGAAGGGGGGAAAGAAAAGGGGAAAGGGAAGGGAAGAGACAAGGGGAAGGGAAAGGAGGAGGAGGAGGAGGGAGGGGAUCCGUGGGUGAAGGCACAGGUCAAGGCUCUGGCUGAUAGAAUGGCUAAGAUGGUGCAGCUAAAGCCGAUUACAGAGAGGCGGCAGUCGCUGCCCAUAAUGGCAUAUAAAGAUGAGAUCAUGAGGACGAUCAGCGCCCACCAGGUGGUGCUGAUCGCGGGCGAGACGGGGUGCGGCAAGACCACCCAGGUGCCGCAAUUCAUUCUGGACCACGAGUGGGCGCACGGCAGAAGGUGCCGCGUGCUCUGCACCCAGCCUAGAAGAAUCUCCGCCACCUCUGUGGCUGAGCGGAUAGCAGCGGAGAGGGGGGAGACUAUCGGCCAAACCGUUGGGUACCAGAUUCGCCUGGAGUCCAAGGGCGGCCCCUCUACCGCCCUCUGGCUCUGCACCAACGGGGUGCUGCUCAGGCGCCUUGUGGGGCUGGGGGCUCACCUGCACAGCACAGGGGGUGCGGGAGUGCAGGGCUCAGCAGGGGGUGGGGGAGGAGGAGUGGGAAGUGGCGGAGGAGGGGGAGGAGGAGAAGGAAGUACGGUCAAGCCUGGGGUUAGAGCCGCUAUUGCCGCUGCUGUGAGGGGGUUGGCAGCAGACGUGGGUGGGGAGGGGGAGGGGGAGGGAGGAGGGGAUGAGGAGAGUGGGGGAGUGAGAAGGGAGCUAGAUGCGGACGUGGUUGCUAAGCUGGACGCCACUCACAUCAUUGUGGACGAGGUGCAUGAGCGCGAUCGGUUUGCUGACUUCAUGCUCAUCAUUCUGAGGGACAUCCUGCGUUUGCGACCCAACCUUAAGCUGGUGCUCAUGAGCGCAACCCUGAAUGCGGGGCUUUUUGCGAACUAUUUCGGGGGCUGCCCCGUCAUCAACGUCCCUGGAUUCACGUAUCCGGUGCGAUCACUGUACCUCGAGGACGUUCUUCGCAUCACGAACUACGGCAACGCCUUUGCUGACGUGGCUGCUGACGUAAGAGCUCACCAUAACACUAGGACGCAUCAUAAGGCCAUGGAUGUUGAAGAAGUAGCUGAGAAAGCAGAUGCGGGUGUGGAAAGAAAUGAGGGAGAGGGAGGGGAGAUGGAGGAAGGGGAGGAGCUGGAGGAAGGGGAGGAAGUGGGGGAGGAAGAGAACGGGGAGGAAGUGGAGGAAGGGGAGCAAGAGGAAGAGGGGGAGGAGGAGGAGGAGGAGGGGGAGGAGUUGGAGGAGGGGGAGGUGGUGAACCUGUCAGCAGAAGACGCAACAGCGAUGGAUGAGGCGAUCACCCGGGCGUGGAUAGAGGAUGACUUUGAUGACCUGAUGGAGCUAGUAGUGGCUGCCCAUGAAGAGGCUAGGCUGCAAGGAACCACUGCUGCUGCUGUGGGGAGUGCGGUAGGGAGGAGAGGAGGAGGCAGGAGGAAGGGGAGGGCUAGGAGGCGUGGUGUGACUAUAAACAUCUGUGACUAUGCGCACUCGGAGACAGGGGCCACUCCGUUGAUGGUUGCUGCAGGCAAGGGCCGGGUGGAAGAGGUGGAGAUUUUCCUCUCCAUGGGCGCUGAUGUUCUGCUGACAUCAGAUGAUGGAAGCACGGCGAUGGACUGGGCGCGCAUGUAUGGGCAUGAUGCCGUGUGCAGUGUGCUGGAGCGACAUCUGGAGGCAUUGGGAGCGCAGGGGGAGGAGGAGGGAGAGGUGCAGGGUGGUGACAUGCAGGAAGAGGGGGAGGAGGAGGCGCAGGGAGGGAGGGAGAAAGAAUUUGCGACACCUGGUGCUGCUGCCGCUGCUGCUGCUGGUAGGGAUGCUUCAUCUCCUGCUUCUGCGUCUGUGAAAGCAGCUGCAGCGAGGGUAGCAGCGCAGGAGCAAGCAGCACUCAAGUCGUACCAAGCCUCUGUGGACCACGAUGAGGUGGAUCUGUCCCUCAUCCACCUCCUGCUGACUAGGAUCUGCGUCAGCAGCGCGGAGCGACCCGCAGCACUCAAGAGCACCACUGUCUUCUCGUCCUCCUCCUCCUCCUUACAGACCCAGCAGAGGUGGAGGCAGGCUGAAGCAAUAGCAGAGCAAGAGCAAGAGGAAGAGGGAGAUGAACUCUUAUCUCUCAUUCCGCCUACUGGCAGCAGGGAGGGCAGAGAAGGCAGUGGGGCAGCACGGGGGGGGAGAGAAAAGGGAGGAAAAGACACUUCAGGAGGAGGAGCAGGGGGGGGAUCAGCAGGGGGGGAUGGGGGAGCGAGUCUGAACGGGCCAGACUGCGCAAUCCUCGUGUUCCUCCCCGGGUGGGAGGAGAUCUCACGUCUCAGAGACCGCCUUUUGGGCUCCUCUGUGUUUGGGGACGCGUCCCGCUUCCUCAUCCUGCCGCUGCACUCCAAGAUCCCCAUGAUGGAUCAGAGGAAGGUGUUUGAGCGGCCACCCAGGGGCGUGAGGAAGAUUGUGCUCACCACGAAUAUUGCCGAGACGGCUCUGACCAUUGACGACAUUGUGUUUGUCGUGGACUCGGGGCGGCUGAAGGAGAAGAGCUAUGAUCCCUACACCAAUGUGGCAACGCUGCAGGUGUGCUGGGUGUCCAAGGCCAGUGCGCGCCAGCGCCAGGGCAGAGCAGGCAGGUGCAGGCCCGGGGUGUGCUUCCACCUGUUCUCGCGCACGCGGGCUGACUCCCUGCCUGAAUUCCAGGCGCCAGAGAUCAAGAGGACGCCCCUUGAAGAGCUCUGCUUGCAGAUCAAGAUUCUGGACCCGUCCCUAGACAUCCCCUCGUUCCUCUCAAAAGCCCUCGAGCCCCCAGUACCAGCCGCCAUCACCAACGCCAUCGCCCUGCUGCAAGACAUCGGCGCCCUGGACGAGCUGCAAUCCCUCACCCCCCUUGGCGCACACCUUGGCGCCCUCCCCCUCCACCCGGUCACCUCUAAAAUGCUCCUCCACUCAAUCCUCCUUGACUGCCUCGGCCCGGCGUUAACCGUCGCUGCUGCCAGCACCUACCGGGACCCGUUUCAGAUGCCAGUGGGCUUAGACCAGAAGCAUAAGGCGCUCGGAGCGAGGCACGAGCUGGGGAAGCGUCUGGGUGGGUAUGGGGAUCAUCUGGCUCUGGUUGCUGCGUUUGAUGGGUGGGCUGAGGCGAAGGCGACGGGAGGAGGGAGGGCGGCCGAGGCGUUUUGUCGGCGGUUUUUCCUGUCGCAUGGAGGUAUGGUGAUGAUCUCGGGACUGAGGAAGCAGCUCAGGGGAGAGUUGCUGAGGAAGGGGUUUUUGGGGAGGGGGGGUGGGGGGAGAGGAGGGAGGGGGGGAGGAGGGGGAUGGAGGGGAGGAGGCAGAAGAGGAGGCAGAGGAGGAGGAGGAGGAGGAGGAGGAGGAGGAGGAGGAGGAGGAGGAGGAGGAGGAGUAGGAGGAGGAGGAGGGGCGGAUUUUAACACGGAUUUGGAUUGUGAGUGUAAUGCAAAUGGGAAGAACCAGGGGGUGGUGAGGGCAGUUCUAGCAGCGGGUUUGUACCCGUUUGUAGCCAGUCUCUUACCGAAGCAAGCCAUGGGGAGGCAGCAGGCAGUGGUAAUGACGGCCCGAGGCGAGAAGGUUCGGAUCCACCCCCACUCGGUCAACUUCCGAGCCUUGCACCGAGGCUUGGAGGUAGGUUCGGAAGUGGCUGGCACUGGGAGAAGUGAGGCGUCAUCACAGCCGUUGAUUGUGUUUGAUGAGAUCGUGAGGGGAGAGGGCAAUCAGACGAUCCGUUCGUCUACAGUCGUCCGGCCGCUGUCCCUCAUCCUGAUUGCCUCUGAGAUGGUUGUCGCUCCCUUGAAGCCUCUGAAAGAAGGAGAGGGAGACGGUGGGGAGAGGGGGAAGGUAGAAGCAGGCGAGGAUGGUGCGGGAGAGGGGCGGCGGGCGAGGAAGAGACGGCAGAAGGGGCAGCAAAUCGAGGGGGGCAUGGGGAUCGGGAGGGAAGAGGCAGAAGGGGUGGUUGGGGGAGUGGAGCAAGGGAAGGUGGAGGAGGAGGGCGAGAAGAAGGAGCAGGAGGAGGGUGGGGAGGAAGAGGAGGAAGGAGAGUACAUCUCUGGGGCAGAGGAGGAGGAAGGGGAGGGGGAGGGGGAGGACGAGGGGCCGGUGGUGAGGCCGGAUCCCAACAGCGCGAGGGAGAAGCGGCGGAGACUGCAGGAGGAGCUGAUGAGCGAUCCCAACCGUGAGAUUGUGGUCGUGAUCGAUCGAUGGCUGAGAUUCCGCGCCACGGCCAUGCUGGCGGCCCAGCUGUUCUGCCUGAGGGAGAGGCUGGCUGCUUCAUUUGCCAUCAAGGUUCACAAUCCCUCCCAGCCACUCCCCCCCCUCCAAGCAAUGACGCUCUACACAAUCGCCUCCCUCCUCUCCUUCGAAAACUACUUCCUUCCUCCUCAGCCCAGCCAAUCAGCACUCCCCGCUGGUGCCUCUGCUGGCCCCUCAGCUACAGCGGGGCCUCGCAUGGGUCCCGUGCUGCCCGGGCCUCAGGGUCCUGGCUCGGGUGGCAGGUUUGGUGGCAGGUUCGGAAGGGGCGGAAGUUGGGGAAGAGGGACAGGAUGGAGGAGAGGAGGAAUUGGGGGGAGGGGGGCAAGUACAGGGGGGGGAGGGAGAGGGGGAAGUGGGGGAGAGGGAGUAACUACAGGGGGUGGAAGAGUGCGAGAUAAUGGUGGUGGUGUUGGUGGCAGAGGCAGGGGUAGAGGUAGAGGUGGUGUAGGGUUUGGUCGAAGUGGUGGUCGGGGGCCAAGGGGGAGAACUGGUGGGUUGUAGGGUAUGACAAUGACUUUCGGAGAUGUUGCAUGUAGAAUUUUACUGAGAACGUGUUCCUAGAAGAACCCCUAAUCAAGCGAACCCUGGUCAGCCUUGGGUUCCACCAUUUCGAACUGCAAAAACCCACAUCGCGUACGGAAUGCUGUGUACAAUACUGUGCAUGUUUGAUAAGAGGCGCGCCUGUAGAAACGCACUCCAAGGCAGUGAGAAUAAAGGUCUCUCGUUGGCAAUAAACUGUGUU